CGCGCGCCCCCCGCCCCGGGCCCGCCACCGCGCUCCGCCGCGCGCCGGGGGCUCCUCUCCCGAGCCCCGCUGGGCGCCCUCCGGCUCCGGUUCCCGCCCGCUCCUUGGAAUAACCCCUGAGGCUCCAGCCGUCGCCGCAAAGUUUCCCGAGGAGACCCGCCUCCCCGGCCGCUGCGCAGGUGAGGAGGCAGGGAGUGGGUGCGAAGGCCUCCCUUUUGGACAGACGAGACCAGGGGACGAAGCAGGAAGAACGCGCCCCUCCCCCGCCCCGCCUCCCCAGCAAGAAAACCUUCUCUACGAACAGGAGAAGCCAAGCAGGACUGAGCGUCCACCGCUCCCCCCCCACCCCCCCCCACCCGAACAUCUUUCCAGAGAGAGGCAUGUGGGGCCUGACAGCUCAGCGGCGCAUGUCAGCAGCUUCAGCCCCGCGGUGAACAUCUGAACUCCUCAGCGGGGUAAUGGACCCCCUCCUUCCCCCCCGGAGACACAGCCUGAGUGGCAGGAAUACCGAUCCUUUGGAGAGUGGCUCCCUCUCAGCUCUGUCACGCAAGAACGCUCUCUGCACCGGGGCCCAUUCUGCCGAGUGACUUAAAGGGAUUAAAAAAAAAAAAAAAAAAAAAGAAGAAAAACUUGGUGAAGAAAAGGGGGUAAAAGCCACGCCGAAGCUUUGCAGAGGAGGUGGCGGCCAGCAGACAAAAGGGCAAAAGUUGAAAGAGGACAGCGAGAGGCCACCUCCGCGGGAUGGACGCCAGGCUGUAGGGCAUGCCUGGGGAGCAGGGGCCCAGAACACCCUCAGGCUGCACACGGGGGUCCUGGGGCUGCAGGGGGGGGGCCUCUGCAGACCCCUCAUGCACGCCCCUCACUCCGGGGGGAGAGGCCAGCGGUGCCUGAAGCCUAGGGGACAGAGGAUGCCGCUCCAGACCCGAAGCCACGUCUGAGCACGAGCAGGGUGUCCUCCCUGCUCCCCGGGGCGCCCCCAGCUCCACGCAACACCCCGAGUCUGUGGCCCGUGCCUGGGUGCCAGGGCCGCGGGGCCAGAAUGUGACUGUGUCUGGGCCCAGCUCAACUGGAAGCAUCUAGAGCAGAGACCCCAGCCAGACCCAGCAGGUUCCGGGGCUGCAGCUGAGGAGGGAUUUGCAUUCUCUGAAGUUCAGGACAUCCCGCUGCCCGGCACCGCCCAGACGGCCCACGCGGGGAGGUGAACUCGAGGUUCUACUGACACCCCCCCCGCCCCCUCUUUGAGGCUCACAGGCCUCAUGGAAACAAGCUGCUCCUUCAGACCCUGGGUACGAGCCAGAUAGGGACGCGAGUUUCCGUUCCAGUGAGAAAUAGCGGCUCUGAAUCCAUAAAACACGCCUUAAAUCCAUCCCAUCAACAUUGACCGGCCACUUUCACCAUUAGCCAUAAAGACUGGCUUAGUGUGAAGUCUCGAGAGAAGAAUCAGAAACCGCGGCGUGGCUCUCACUAAAUUAACCUCACCCGCGGCUCGAAAUCACCGUCCGGGAGGCCCGAGACCGUGGCCGCCCGGUUCACAGGCAUCUCUGCCCCCGAUGAGGUUUGACGCGGGCCAGACGUCGUUCGAGUCCGACCUCAGCCCGAGGGAUCACCUGGGACGUAAGCCUGGCGCACAGAGGGCCGCGGGGCGUGCGCCUCCGGGCUUGACCUCUGCCCCGCGGUGACCCCCUGGCGGCCGGCGGGUGGGCGCCGCGACUGGCUCUCGUCCACCAUGGUGGUGGCACACCCCACCGCCCCCGCCGCCGCCGCCCCUGCUGCCACCGUCACAGCCACCGUCGUGAUGACCACGGCCACCAUGGACCUGCGGGACUGGCUCUUCCUCUGCUACGGGCUCAUCGCCUUCCUGACGGAGGUCAUCGACAGCACCACCUGCCCCUCGGUGUGCCGCUGCGACCACGGCUUCGUCUACUGCAACGACCGGGGACUCACCUCCAUCCCCGCCGACAUCCCCGACGACGCCACCACCCUCUACCUGCAGAACAACCAGAUCAACAACGCCGGCAUCCCCCAGGACCUCAAGACCAAGGUCAACGUGCAGGUCAUCUACCUGUACGAGAACGACCUGGACGAGUUCCCCGUCAACCUGCCCCGCUCCCUGCGGGAGCUCCACCUGCAGGACAACAACGUGCGCGCCAUCGCCAGGGACUCGCUGGCCCGCAUCCCGCUGCUGGAGAAGUUGCACCUGGACGACAACUCCGUGUCCACCGUCAGCAUCGAAGAGGACGCCUUUGCCGACAGCAAGCGGCUCAAGCUGCUGUUCCUGAGCCGGAACCACCUGAGCAGCAUCCCCUCGGGGCUGCCCCGCACGCUGGAGGAGCUGCGGCUGGACCACAACCGCAUCUCCACCAUCCCGCUGCACGCCUUCAAGGGCCUCAACAGCCUGCGGCGCCUGGUGCUCGAUGACAACCUGCUGGCCAACCAGCGCAUCGCCGACGACACCUUCAGCCGCCUGCAGAACCUCACCGAGCUCUCGCUGGUGCGCAACUCCCUGGCCGCGCCCCCGCUCAACCUGCCCAGCGCCCACCUGCAGAAGCUCUACCUGCAGGACAACGCCAUCAGCCACAUCCCCUACAACACGCUGGCCAAGAUGCGCGAGCUGGAGCGCCUGGACCUGUCCAACAACAACCUCACCACGCUGCCCCGGGGCCUGUUCGACGACCUGGAGAGCCUGGCCCAGCUGCUACUCCGGAACAACCCCUGGUUCUGCGGCUGCAACCUCAUGUGGCUGCGGGACUGGGUGAAGGCGCGGGCGGCCGUGGUCAACGUGCGCGGCCUCAUGUGCCAGGGCCCCGAGAAGGUCCGGGGCAUGGCCAUCAAGGACAUCACCAGCGAGAUGGACGAGUGCUUCGAGACGGGGGCGCAGGGCGGCGCGGCCAACGCCGCGGCCAAGACCACGGCCGGCGACCACGCCUCUGCCACCACACCCCAGGGCUCGCUCUUCACCCUCAAGGCCAAGAGGCCAGGGCUGCGCCUCCCCGACUCCAGCCUCGACUACCCCAUGGCCACGGGCGAUGGCGCCAAGACCCUGGUCAUCCACGUGAAGCCCCUGACGGCGGACUCCAUCCGAAUCACGUGGAAGGCCACGCUCCCCGCCUCCUCUUUCCGGCUCAGCUGGCUGCGCCUGGGCCACAGCCCGGCCGUGGGCUCCAUCACGGAGACGCUGGUGCAGGGGGACAAGACAGAGUACCUGCUCACGGCUUUGGAGCCCAAGUCCACCUAUAUCAUCUGCAUGGUCACCAUGGAGACCGGCAACACCUACGUGGCUGACGAGACGCCCGUGUGCGCCAAGGCGGAGACGGCCGACAGCCACGGCCCCACCACCACGCUUAACCAGGAGCAGAACGCAGACCCCAUGGCAGGCCUGCCCCUGGCGGGCAUCAUCGGUGGGGCCGUGGCCCUCGUCUUCCUCUUCCUGGUCCUGGGGGCCAUCUGCUGGUACGUGCACCGGGCCGGAGAGCUGCUGACCCGAGAUCGGGCCUACAAUCGGGGCAGCCGGAAAAAGGAUGACUAUAUGGAGUCAGGGACCAAGAAGGACAACUCGAUCCUGGAAAUCCGAGGCCCCGGACUGCAGAUGUUGCCCAUCAACCCUUACCGCGCCAAAGAGGAGUACGUGGUCCACACCAUCUUCCCCUCCAACGGCAGCAGCCUCUGCAAGGGCACGCACACCAUCGGCUACGGCACCACGCGGGGCUACCGGGACGGUGGCAUCCCUGACAUAGACUACACCUACACAUGAUGCCAGCCACCCGGGCCGCCUCCGCCCCAGCUCCCGCCUCCUCCCGGCCUGGCGACGACGUGGCUUUGCCCCAGCCUGCUGCCAUCCCGUAGAGCAAGGAAGAGAAAUUCCACGACGACUUGCCCAGCAGAAAGCAAAGUUUGGGAAGGGUUGACGAUUUUAUAGAACGCGACAGUGAAAGAAAAAAAAAAAAAAUUUUUUUUUUUUUCUAAAGAAUAGAAGGUAGGAGGGGGAUUUGACGUUGGUGAAGACAUAAUUUAUACCAAAUUAUGCCAGCUGGGGAGGGAAAGACUAAAAAUAAUAUGGCAGGCAGGGUUGGGUCAGGGUUUUUUUAUUUUUUUUUAUUUUUUUUAUUUUUUAUUUUUUCCUGAACUGGAAAGAUACUACCUGUACAGCGUCUGUGUAUGCCUCACGCUCUGUUCAGGGCCGUCACAAAAGAGCCGUCAGAGAGAACAGCCAACACGCGAGGCCCCCAUGCGGCUCCCGCUGCCGGCUGCUCGUCGGUGACAACGUGACGGAAAGUUUUCGGGCUCCUCACAAAGGAGAGGGGGAAGAAGAGAUCCUUCGCUAUGGAGAUAUUGUCCGGAAACCCCUUCCCUGGUUCUUUCCGUACCAUUUCCCUUGCAGGUUUGCAAGAAAGAGCACGUCUUUCGCUGCAUCCUUUGAACGAUGGUGUGGUCGAUUGAAAAGCAAACUUUCUUGUUCCUAUGCCGCAACCCUCUUCAGUUCCGUGCACCAUACUCCAUGGAAGCCCCACGGGAGCGGUGGGUUUCCCAGCCACUCGGAGGUGCGCCCAUCUACCUGGCUAUCUCUAGGUCGUGUCUCUAAAUACAGAUGGGUAGAUAGAGCCACAUACACGGUCCCUAACUACUUCUUGGGUCAGUUCGUACGAUUUUCCUGAGACAAUAGAGUCACGAAAAUGUUGUUUUCUCCUAGAAAUCGUUGAGUAAGUAGACAAAGUGUCUUGGGGGAGGGGGGCAGACAAGGCUGUUCCUAAAGGCGGAGGUGUAUCUGUCCUGGUCGGGUGGCUCAGGAGACCCUAGGGAAGGGGUGGUCUCGGUGCGACCCUAUCUCAGGUUGGCCAGAGCUGGGCCGCGCUCCUUUCUAAUACAGAGAAACGCUUUCUCUGA